AGAGAGAGAGAGAGAGAGAGAGAGAGAGAGAUGUCAAAGCUUCUUCAGACGUCGCAAAUAACCUCCACGGUCCAAACCCACGGCAAGAGCUUCUCUGCAAUCCUCCACCUAUCCAAAACAGACGCUCCAUGUCUUCCUCUUCACAAUCACCUCCAUCUCUCCCCCCUUCUCUUCCCUCUCCAUACGAAAUCCGUCUCUCUCCUCCACACCACUCCUUCACUCUCAAGAACAAUCUUUCUUUCACCCAUUGUUUGAAUUUCAUUGCCCCGGCCACCCAUCACAAGAGCUUCUCCAUUAGAGCGUUCGAUGAUUCCGGGUCGGAGACCGAGACCCAGAAACAGGAACGAGAGCAAGAAACGAAAGAACAAGAAUCGCACGCCAAGAAAGGCGGGGACUACCCCAGUGGGGAGUUCGAGUUUGAGGAGUUUGGGGUGUGGAAGAAAUUCGGGGUCAAGCUCAAAAUGCUCGUUGCUUUCCCGUGGGAGCGUGUGAAAAAAGGCAGUGUCUUGACUAUGAAAUUGCGUGGCCAGAUAUCUGAUCAGCUAAAGAGCCGUUUCUCUUCAGGACUCUCCCUUCCUCAAAUAUGCGAGAAUUUUGUAAAAGCAGCUUACGAUCCUCGUAUCUCUGGUAUUUACCUCCAUAUUGACUCAUUGAACUGCGGAUGGGGUAAAGUCCAAGAAAUUCGUAGACACAUCCUGAAUUUCAAGAAAUCAGGAAAGUUCAUAGUGGGGUACGUUCCUACAUGUCAAGAAAAAGAGUAUUACCUUGCUUGUGCCUGUGAAGAGUUAUAUGCCCCUCCAAGUGCUUAUUUUUCUUUGUAUGGUCUGACUGUUCAAGCUUCCUUCUUUAGUGGUGUAUUGGAGAAAGUGGGAAUUGAACCGCAAGUUGAAAGGAUUGGUAAAUAUAAAAGUGCUGGGGAUCAACUCACUCGAAAAUCCAUGUCUGAAGAAAAUUGUGAGAUGUUGACGACCAUACUGGAUAAUGUAUACGGCAGUUGGAUAGAUGAAGUUUCCUCAACGAAAGGGAAGAAAAGAGAAGAUAUUGAGAAAUUCAUAAAUGAAGGAGUUUUUCAAGUAGAACGGCUAAAAAAGGAGGGCUUCAUAACUGACAUAUGCUAUGAUGAUGAGGUGAUAACAAUGCUGAAAGAAAAACUUGGAGUGCAGCCGGAUAAGAAUCUUCCGUUGGUUGACUAUAGGAGGUACUCAAGAGCUCGCAAGUGGACCCUUGGUUUAUCCGGUGGUAAGGACUUAAUAGCUGUAAUACGAGCCUCUGGUGCUAUAACUCGUGUGAAAAGUCCAACGAGCCUUCCUAGUUCUUCUGGUGUAAUAGCAGAGCAAAUCAUUGAAAAGAUUCAGGUUGUCAGAGAGUCAAAAAGAUUUAAAGCUGCUAUCAUCCGAAUUGACAGCCCUGGUGGUGAUGCUCUAGCCUCGGACUUAAUGUGGAGGGAGAUUAGGCUAUUGGCUGCAUCAAAGCCUGUUAUUGCAUCAAUGGUUGAUGUAGCAGCCAGUGGAGGGUAUUACAUGGCAAUGGGAACACCAACCAUUGUUGCAGAAAGUCUUACCUUAACUGGCUCUAUUGGAGUUGUUACAGGGAAGCUUAACCUGGGGAAUCUGUACGAGAAAAUAGGCUUCAAUAAGGAGAUCGUAUCAAGGGGAAAAUAUGCUGAGCUCCUUGCGGCUGAGCAGCGACCUUUUAGGCCAGAUGAGGCAGAGCUAUUUGCCAAGAUGGCAAAUAAUGCAUACAAAAUGUUUCGCGAUAAGGCGGCUUUCUCGCGAUCGAUGCCGGUUGAUAAGAUGGAGGAGGUUGCGCAAGGGAGAGUAUGGACAGGCAAUGAUGCUGCUUCACGAGGUCUGGUUGAUGCAAUCGGUGGAUUUUCUCGGGCUGUUGCGAUUGCGAAAGAGAGGGCCAAUAUACCCCAAACCAAUAAGGUCACCCUUGUCGAGCUGUCGAGGCCAUCUCCUUCGCUACCGGAAAUAUUGAGUGGGAUAGGAGGCUCUCUUGUUGGGGUCGACACCGCGUUGAAGGAAAUGCUUCGAGAAUUGACAUUUUCCGAAGGCGUUCAGGUCCGGAUGGACGGUAUAUUAUACGAGAGGCUAGAGGGCGCUUCGUUCGCAAAUCCUAUCUUGACCAUGAUAAGAGAUUAUCUGAGUUCUCUCUAGAGCGUAAGCUCUGACCAGCCUCGCGAUUCAACCGGAAGAGUACACAGCAUCAUCAUGGCUCGGUGCAGCGGGGGCAAGACGACACGACAUUCUACCAAAAAUUGCACGGCGCUGCUGCCCCGCCGGCUCGGCAGCGUGGAGCGGCCUCACGUGUUACCUUUCCUUUGCUUAUUCAUAACAACCAUCUCUGUCCUGUUCAAAGCAUAUAGGGACGGAAUAAGGUUGGGUGAUGAAUAUCACUAGAUUUGUGCUUA